GGAAGGAAGGUUGGAUUCUGAUGGAUCCUAUUCCUGGUUGCACAGACAGACAUUAACGUUAUAACUUAGAAACACGAGAGAUGUUGAUGUCGAUGUUGAUGUUGAUGUUCUCAUAAAAAGAAAAAGCGAAAGCGUCUUCUAUUCCAUCUCCAUAAUAUAUUUUCCCUUCUCUCUCUCUUUACACCUUUACCAACUAAGCACAACAAAACUCCCUCAUAUAACUUUCUCCAUAUGGCACCACUUCCUCUGCUCCUACUAACCAUCGCACUCGCCACCCAGAGUGCGAGUGCGAGUGCGAGUGCGAGUGCGGUGGCUCAAGGAGGUGGCACCGCCACUUGGUGCGUGGCCAGGAGUGACGCCACCACCGACGCACUGCAAACGGCGUUGGACUACGCCUGUGGCGCUGGUGCUGAUUGCUUUCCUCUUCAGCCGGAGGGACUCUGUUUUCUUCCCAACACCAUUCAAGCGCACGCUUCUUAUGCCUUCAACAGUUACUAUCAGCGCAGAGCUAGAGCUCCUGGCUCCUGUGACUUUGCUGGCACCGCCACCAUUGCCACUAGUGAUCCCAGCUAUGGAUCUUGUGUGUAUCCAUCUACAGCAAGUGCUGCUGGAGGACCAAAUACACCAACCACAACACCUCCAAUGAACAAUCCAAAUGUGCCAUCAUCUACCACAACAACACCGAUCUAUGGUGGGGGCAAUCCUGGUGGACUAACUCCUGGAAUGAGCACUACUCCAUUCACUGACAAUUCAAGAGCACCUUCAGAAGCAAUAGAUACAUGGUUUUUGAUGAUCUUUUCCUCUCUUAUUAUAUUCAUUAUUAUCUCUUAGCCUAUGUGUGAUCUUUGGGGAGGCUUACAGUUUUGUCAGAAGUUAAAGAGAGCCUUUUGUUGUUUAUAACCUUAAUUUAUGCAACUACUUCUCAUACCCUACUAUUUUAAUGUACAAGGUUAUGAACAAGUUAAGCAUGACAACAUAACAUGGUUUAUUCAGGAAAGAGCAGAGCUAGGUUGUAGCAAGGCCUUUGCUGAUGUCAUUCUUGAUUUAUAGGGCUCAAAUUCAAUUCAAUACUUCAAUUUAA